AUGUCAAAAAGAUCAUAUAACUCGCGUUCAUCUUCAAAGGAUCCGAAUUCAUUACAACAAAGAUUUAACAGUCCUAUUAUUAGAACUCCUCUUUCAGAUAUCUCAAAUGUUGACUCAACUGCUGAAAGACGUAAGCUUCGGAAAAUAAUAAUUGAUAACAAGAGAUCAAAGAAAUCGUCAUCAUCAACAAAUGUUCCUAACAUUUUGCCUGAGAACAUAAGUUCGCUGCAGUCUUCUAAUAAUACCAAGAGAUCAAAGAAAUCGUCAUCAUCAACAAAUGUUUCUAACAUAUUUCCUGACAACAUAAGUUCGCUGCAGUCUUCUAACACUAUUGAUCGCAACGUAUGCUCCUUUUCUCCUCAUACAAGUAUAAAUAAUACAACUUCAUUACUUUCAAACAUAACAGAUAAUUCCAGAACCAAAUCCACACCGUCAAAUGAAACUCUUAGAUAUUCCAUUUCUCCUCGCAUCAAUAGUAGUAACAAUCAAUCGGUAUUUGGUACUACUUCUACAAUUACAAGGUUGUCUUCCGGUAAACGUAAGCUUGAGCACAAGAAACGUGAUACCACUCCUAUACCGAUGGUCAAUUUGGAUUCUGAUGAAGAUGAUGUUGUUUUAGUUAGAGUGGACGACCCUUACAAAGGGGUAUCUAAAGAUUAUUUGGACCAUGGUGACCAAGUUCUUACAUGCCAAAUCUGUAGUGCAAAGUUAUGGACAUCAGAAGGUGGAAAAGGGCGAAUAACUCUGAAUAAACUAUGUUAUGGUAUGUGUUGUGGGUAUGGUAAAGUUGAGCUACCGCCUUUAAAGGAUGCUCAUCCGUCUUAUCAAAAUUUGUUUUCUUCCACAAACGAAAAAAGCAAGUUUUUCCAGAAGAAUAUUAGACGAUACAACUCUAUGUUCUCUUUUACAUCUAUGGGUGGAAAGGUUGAUUCUACUAUUAACAAGGGAAACGCUCCAUUUGUAUAUCGUAUAAGUGGUCAAAACUAUCAUUGCAUCGGUAGUCUUAAACCUUCUAAUGGAAAUCAACCUCAGUUUUGUCAGCUAUACAUAUAUGACACUGAAAAUGAAAUAACAAACAGACAGACAUUAUUCGGGAAAACAAGCAAAUCUUCGUCCUCUAAUGAUAAAGAGCUUGAUGUUGAAAUGAUACAGUAUUUGAGGAAUUUUUUAGAUUCAGAAAAUAUGUUGGUUAAGACAUAUAGGAUGGUCAGAGACCAUUUUCACGAAUCCCCAGAGGCUAAUCUUAAACUCCGUCUUAUGUAUAAAAGAGAAAAAGAUGGCAGAAUAUAUAACUUACCAACCACGUCUGAAAUUGCUGCUUUGGUUGUCGGAGACAUAGAUAAAGCUAUAGAUCAUCGUGAUAUUCUUGUGGAGACUCAGUCUGGAAUGCUCCAGCGUAUUAGUGAAUUACAUCCAUCAUAUCUUGCCUUGCAAUAUCCGUUGCUAUUCCCAUAUGGUGAUGAUGGAUAUAGAAUUGAUAUUCCCCAUAGAGAUUUCAUUGUCACGCAAAAGAAAAUAAAGCCAAAGUGCACCAUGAGAGAAUUUUUUGCAUACAGGAUCCAAGAUAGAAAUUAUGGUUUUUCCUUAAUUCUUAAUGGAAGAAGGUUGUUGCAACAAUUUUUAGUUGAUGCAUAUACUAUGAUCGAGAGCGAGAGGCUACAUUUCAUUCGGAGACAACAAACAAAACUUCGAUCUGAGACAUUUGAAAAUCUUCAGAAGCAUAAAGCUAAAGGAAAACAAACUUUAAAAGACACUGGAAAGGCUGUUAUACUACCUUCUUCAUUUACUGGAGGUGCAAGAUUCAUGCAACAAAACUACCUUGAUGCAAUGGCCUUAUGUAAGUCAUUCGGGUAUCCAGAUUUCUUCAUAACUAUAACUUGUAAUCCAAAAUGGCCAGAAGUAAAGAGAUUUCUAAAAGAUUCUUCCAUCAAAGCUGAAGACAGGCCUGACAUAUUGUGUCGAUUGUUUAAAAUUAAGCUUGAUUCCAUACUGAAAGAUUUGAAGGAUUCGAAUUAUCUCGGUGAGAUUAAUGCUGAAUUCCAGAAGCGUGGUCUUCCUCAUGCACAUAUAUGCUUAUUUAUGAAUGUCGAUCACAAACUUCCUACAGUAGAUCACAUAGAUCCAUUCAUAUCCGCUGAGAUUCCUGAUAAAAAUGAAGAUCCGGAACUUUAUUCCUUGGUAAGUGAUUAUAUGAUUCACGGUCCAUGUGGAAAUGCUAAUUUGAAUUGUCCUUGCAUGGUUGACAAAAGAUGUUCAAAAAACUUUCCAAAGAAAUUUUCAUCACAUACAACUGUUGAUUCAAGUGGUUUCCCUGUAUACCGAAGACGCGAUUCCGGACACACAGUUAUAAAAUCUGGUGUUAGUUUGGACAACAGAAGCGUUGUUCCAUAUAACAAAAGACUUCUAAAAAGAUAUCAAGCACACAUAAAUGUAGAAUGGUGUAAUCAAUCUGGUUCAGUUAAAUAUUUGUUCAAGUACAUUAAUAAAGGCCCUGAUAUGGCUACUGCGGUUGUUUCUGGUGUUUCAAAUCCAACCAUUAAUGAUAAGCCAAGAGAUGAGAUCAAGGAAUAUUAUGAUUGCAGAUAUAUUUCAGCUUGUGAAGCAUCAUGGAGAAUAUUCUCAAAUGAGGUUCAUUAUAGGUAUCCUGCUGUUAUGAGGCUUCCCUUUCACAUGCCGGGUCAACAGAAUGUUGUGUAUGGUGCGGAUGACGAUAUUGAUAAUGUGUUAAGCAAGCCUUCUGUUGCUUCUUCAAUAUUUGUUGAAUGGAUGAAAUUAAACGAGUCAGAUGAAAAUGCUAGAAAGUUGACUUAUGUCGAGUUUCCUACCAAAUUUGUUUGGAAACCUCAAGAUAGAUCUUGGCAGGUACGUAAGACGUAUCAAACUGUUGGACGUAUACAUUCUGUGUCUCCUGCGUUAGGAGAACCUUAUUUUUUGAGGAUACUUCUGAAUAAAGUUAGAGGUCCCAGAUCCUUUGAGGAAAUACGUACUGUUAACGGUCAGUUAUUCCCGACAUUUAGAGAUGCUUGCUACGCAAUGGGGCUGUUAGAUGAUGACAAUGAAUAUGUUGAGGCCAUUAAAGAAGCAAGUUUUGAAGGACAUGCUGGGUAUCUGCGAGCGUUAUUUGCUACGUUGCUGUUGUCAAAUACACUUUCACGGCCAGAGUUUGUUUGGGAGAACACGUGGAAAUACUUAGCAGAUGAUAUUUUAUACAGACGUCAAAAAGAAACAAAUAUUCAAGGUUUACUUCUUCCUGAACAUCAAAUUAAAAACCUUACUUUGUUGGAAAUUGAAAAGUAUUUACUUUCGAAUGGUUCGUCGUUACGAGGAUUUAACACGAUGCCUUUCCCUGAUGAUGAUUCGUUACGUGAUGCUACUAAUCGUCUAAUCAAUGAAGAGCUAUCACACGACGUAGAUCAAGUACAAGCUGAGUUUAAUAAUUUGCAUCAAUGUUUGACAGAUGAACAACGAUCUGUUUUUGAGGAAAUAAUGUCAGCAGUUGCAAGCCGUAAAGGAGGGUUAUUUUUCGUCUAUGGUUACGGUGGAACUGGAAAAACGUUUUUAUGGAAAACUUUGUCUUCAGCAGUUCGUUGUAGAGGUGAGAUAGUUUUAAAUGUUGCUUCAAGUGGCAUUGCUUCGUUAUUACUUUCUCGUGGUAGGACAGCCCAUUCUCGCUUCCAUAUCCCAAUUAAUCUGACUGAAGAUUCCAUGUGUCAUAUUAAGCCAAAUAGUGAUAUCGCAAAAUUAUUAAAGGAAACUCAAUUGAUCAUAUGGGAUGAAGCACCGAUGGUCCAUAAACAUGCCUUUGAAGCUUUAGAUAGGACGAUGUCUGACGUAUUUUCUGACGGUAGGAGUAUUCGUUCUGAUGUUCCGUUUGGAGGGAAAGUUUUUGUAUUCGGCGGUGACUUUAGACAAAUCCUACCAGUUAUUCCUAAUGGUACUAGACAACAAAUUGUUUGUGCUUCUUUAAGCUCUUCAUAUAUAUGGUCAAAGUGCAAAUUGUUAAGGUUGACUAAAAACAUGCGCCUAACAAUUGGAGCUGAAAGUUCUGAUAUGGAGUCUAUCAGGGAGUUUGCGAAAUGGCUGCUUGAUAUUGGUGAAGGUAAGUUGGGAGAUGAUAACGAUGGUGAAGCAAUUAUUCAGAUACCAGAUGAUCUAUUAAUCACCGAUAAUUCUGAUCCAAUACAAAGCUUAAUUGACUUCGUCUACCCUUCAAUUAUGGAACAAUUUCGGAAUCCUGGUUUUUUUUCUGAGCGAGCAAUUCUAGCACCAAAAAAUGAUGUAGUUCAUGAAAUUAACGAUCGAUUGCUUUCGUUAUUUCCAGGUGAUGCUAAAGAGUAUUUGAGUUCCGAUAGCAUAUGUCAAACUGAACAAAUGCUUGAUUCAUUUCAAGAAGGCUUAUACUCAACGGAGAACUUAAAUGCUCUUAAGAUUUCAGGCUUGCCUAAUCAUAGAUUAGUUCUUAAAGUUGGUGUUCCUGUCAUGCUUCUACGAAACAUCGAUCAACAAAAAGGUUUAUGUAACGGGACAAGGCUAAGAAUUACUUUUCUAGGCAAACGGGUAAUAGAAGCUGAAGUGAUAUCCGGCGGUAAUAUCGGCACAAGAGUUUUUAUUCCAAGACUUAAUAUGAUUCCGUCAGACAAAAAAAUACCAUUCGAAUUCCAAAGGAGACAAUUUCCUUUAUCAGUUUGUUUUGCCAUGACAAUUAACAAGAGUCAAGGACAAUCUUUAUCAAAAGUUGGUCUGUAUUUGAAAGAUCCUGUGUUCACUCAUGGUCAGUUGUACGUUGCAUUAUCAAGGGUCAAGACCAGAGAAGGAGUUAAAAUAUUGAUAUUUGAUGCUGAGGGAAAACCAACAAAUAAAACGUCUAAUGUAGUCUAUAAAGAAGUCUUUGGUAGCUUAUGA